UUCGGUGUGCUUACUGUGCCAAUUUUUUCUUUAAGGUGACAAUGCAUGGUUUAUCGAUGUACAUUAUGCAAUCGAUGCUUGGGCGUUUGCAGAUAUAAUUAGAUUUUAUCCAAAAUUUAAAAAUGUGAUAUUGUAAUUUCUAAUUACAACAAAUUAUACUGCCAGUGUUUGUUAAAAUUAGUCAAAAUUCAGUGUGCUGACAUGCGCGAUAAAAUGCAGAAGAUUAGUCGCGCCGCCGCAUUUUCGCGGCGCACAAUAACGCUGCAGACAUUCCUGGGAUUCUUGCUGGGAAUAGUUUUUAUGUUUAUUUUCUUUCCUCCUCGAUUACGUUUUCCGUCGUCAAUUGCUGAUGCUUCUUUGCUACCGUCGUUGUUUUCCUCUCACGUGCAACAUAACGCCCCGUCGCAAUCUUCUUCAUCAGCAGAGAAACCGGCGGCACACAUUUAUGGUUCCGCCGCGCUGACCACAGUGCCGGCUAAACUUAAAGAUGAUACCACAACACCUGAACCGGAAAGUAUGGAUAUAAUGCAACAAAAUGAUGAAGGCAGCGAUAGAUCGCUGUUUAUGACCGGAAAAGAUAUACCGAAUCACGAGAGUAAAUCCAAUAAUGUACGAGUAUUCUGUUUGAUUUUAACGCAACCGAAAACCAAAGACCGUGCUGCGGCCGUGAAAGCGACAUGGGCCAAAAGGUGUGAUGAAUUUAUGUUUGUCAGCUCGGAAACCGACGAUACACUGCAGAUUGUCGAUGCACAAUUAGGCGAAAACCGACAAGUAUUGUGGGGGAAAACGAAAUACGCCUUUCGAUUUUUAUACGACAAUAAACUAAACGACUUCGAUUUCUUCCUGAAAGCAGACGACGAUACGUAUGUCGUAAUUGAAAACCUGAAAUACCUGCUAUCUAACUAUUCACCGUCAACUCCAAUUUAUUUUGGAUCCCAUUUCCAAAAAUACAUCCCUGAAGGUUACAUGUCCGGUGGUGCGGGCUACGUCUUGAGCAGAGAAGCCGUAAAAAACCUAAUUGAAAAGGGCCUGAAUAAAGGCAUAUGUCGAAAAGAUAACAAGGGCAACGAAGAUGUCGAACUGGGAAAAUGCCUGGCAAAAGUUGGAGUAAAAACAGGAGACAGUCGGGAUAAUCUUGGGCAAGGACGGUUUUUCCCAAUGCAGCCAACCUUUCAUUUAAAACCGGGUCACAUGAACAAUACGAUCUGGUACGGUCGGUUUUUGAAAUAUCCGGAAAAGGACGGAAUGGAGUGUUGUUCCGACACUGCGAUAUCGUUCCACUAUGUCAAGGAUCUGUAUCUUCUGGAAUAUUUGAUUUAUCACUUGAGGCCAUAUGGGAAAUCAUGAACACGUUUGCUCAUCAUAUCCAGUUAACAUUGCAUUGUUUUAAUUUAACAGAUACGGUUAUUUGUGAUAACCAGGUGACUGUGAUACCAGAGAAUUAUCAAAAUUUAAUCUGUAUAUUUCACGUUCGACUUGUAAGAACUGUCUUAGUCAGAGGAUGUUACUUUGUCAUAAUAAUAUGUCUCCUACAGGUAUUGUACAAAAAUUUGCUACAGAAUGCUGGCACUACAAUACAUCUAUGUAUG